UGCAGUUCAGUUUAGUUGACAAUGUAGUUUUACUGAAAACAAUCUCUUAUUUUCUGAUUUAUAAUUUUAUUAUUUUAUGUGUUUAACUUUUUUUUGCUAAUUCAGCUAUUUUUUAACAUUUUUGAUUCCUGAUGAGGGAAAAUUAAAAUUUUUUGGAGAAAUGAAUGAAGAAAGACUUUUGAAGAGAAAGCAACGCGCUUUGCGAGAAAAUAAUUCUAGUCAAUUGAAGGAAAUUUUAAAAAAUCUUGGUGACUUGUAUUUUGAACAAGGAGAGUAUAAUAAUGCCUUGGAACAAUAUCGAGAACAAGUUGAAAUUUGUGAAGAUAAUAAUAAAUUAGAUUGGGCUAUUGCACAUCGUAUGAUAGGGGAAAUAUAUGCUAACUUAGGAAACUAUCAAGAGGCUCUGUAUCAUCAAAAUUUACAUCUAGAUGGAGCAAGAGAGCUUAAAAAUCUUGUUGAAGAGCAAAGAGCUUUUGCUACUUUAGGAAGAACAUUUUUUUGUUUAGCUGAAAGUUUAACAGACAAAUUAGAUGAGAAAGAAGAAGCGCUUAAAAAUGCCGAGAAGGCGUACAGAAAAAGUAUUCGCGUUUGUACAAAGUUAGAAGGGAGUGUAAAAGAAGAAGAAAUAUGUACGAUGCGAGCUAGAUUAUUAUUGAAUCUUGGUCUUGUUCGAGAAGCUCAAAAUGAACCACGUGAAGGCUUAAAACAAUUAGAAUCAGCAGCUUCUUUAUGCAGAGAACAUAAUUUAACGGAAGAUUUACAUCGAACACACAUUGCAUUAGGUUCUUUUCAUGAAAGGCAGGCAAAUUAUGAAUUAGCCUUGGAAUUCUAUGAAAAAUCAACGAAUGUGAAUAAUAAUUCAAUGAAAGCCGAUGCUUAUUUAGCAAAAGCCGAAUUACUUUUGAAAUUAGGAGAAUGGAUGGAAGCUCGAAAACCUUUAGUGAAUCUUUAUGUAAUGAAAAAUUUACCUACUGAAAUCCGAGAAUAUUCUAACAAACUAUUUCGAAUAGUUGUAACGAUUUGUAAUGCAGAGGACAAUUUACUUGUUGAGAUGGAUAUAGAGAAAAAACAAAAUAUCUACGAAAAUUUGGGAGAUGCUGCAGUUGAGGUGAAAGCCUAUGAAAAAGCAAUAAAUUAUUAUGGUAAAAUGCUUAUGUAUGCGGAAGAAUGUCGUAGUGAAAAAAUUGGAGCAGCUCUAGUUAGUUUAGCCCAAACAUUAAAAGAUGUGGGACGUAGUGUAGAAGCACUAACAUACGCAAGACGUGAACUUCUUCUACAUAAAGAUCAAAAAAAUAUUUGUCGAUCAACAUUAGAGCUUGCUGCACUUAUGGUAACGGCAAAAUCUUCCGAUAUUGAAAUACGAGAGCAAUUUAAUCAGGCAUUGUCAGUGGCUAAAGAAAUAAAUGACAUAAAACUAGAAAUAUCGGUAUUGACAGAAUUUUCCAAUUAUUUGGAGAAUAUUAAUGAAAAAUCUUUAGAAACCGAAAAUAUACAAUUGAGAUUAAAAAAAUUAACUGAAAUUAACGAAAUAGAAACAGAUGAGGAAGAUGAAGAAUUAAAAAGUCAAUGUAUCGGUGAUGAUAUUUGUCUAGAUGAAUUGUCCGAUGUUGAGGAAGCAUUACAUAAAAUUGACGAUAUUCAAAAGCCAAGAAGAACAUUUAAUCGAGGUUUUGUUGUGAAAAGAAAUGAAAAAGGUGAAACACCAUUGCAAAUUGCUUGCAUUAAAAAUGACAUUGAAACAGUGGAGAAAUUAUUAUCAAAAGGACAUCCAAUUCAUGUGCGGGAUUCUUUUGGAUGGACACCACUUCAUGAGGCAGCGAAUCAUGAUUUUGUUGAAAUUGCAAAAAUUUUAAUAAAAAAUGGCGCAAAAAUUGACGAUACUGGUGGACCACAAUGCAAUGGUUUAACUCCACUUUUAGACGCCGCUUUUAAUGGAAAUUUUUCUGUUAUGUAUUUUCUACUUGAGAACGGUGCUAAUAUUAACGCAAAAACUACAGAUGAUGAGACUAUACUUGAUUUAUUAGAAAAUUGGAAAAAUCGCGUUGGCAAAUUAUCAAGUGAAGUUCAAAUGGAAUAUGAUCAUGCAUUUGCAAAAUUACUUUCUCUAGUGACAGUUACUUCGAAAAAUCGUAAAAAAUCUACACCACAAAGAAAUAAAAUGUGGGUUGACGACGAUGAACCAGAAAAAAUCACGAAUGAAAAAAAAUCACCAAUUGAAAAAAUUUCCGCCGGAGAGGAUUAUAAAAGAACAAUAGCAAGUUUAAAGCAUAGAGGUGGAUUGAGUACAUCGAAAAAUUUAGCGAAACAACAAAAAGUCACAGCACCACUUUUGGAUUCGGAAGAAAUUCUUGUUGACGAUUGGCUCGAGAACGAUAUCCUUCCAGCGACUACAACAGCUAAAAAAUCAAUAGAAUCAACAUCAUUUUCAAAAAGAAAUUCCGUUGAAUCAAAUUCAAGUAUUAAAAGAAAUUCCACAGAUUCUUUAAAUGUUAAACGACAUUCCUCUGACUCGGCAAACAUUAAAAGAAAUUCUUUUGAUUCUUCAAAUUUAAAACAAAAUGAUUCAACAAAUAAAAUUAAAAGAAAACUUUCUGUUGAUUCCGAUGUGGAUAUGGAUACAAAUAGUCGCGAUAGUUUGGAAAGUAAUGAUUCUUUGGUUUCAGAAUUUCCAAAGAGAAAAAAGAAAGCCAGACAAUCGUCACUGUUGAAAAAUGGAUUCACUAAAGAUACAAAUUCUCGUACACCAUCGCCAAUUUUUUUAGAUUCCUCGAAUUAUUUGAUAAAACAAUUGCCCGCUUGUAUAACAAUGAAUUUUUCCGUUUUAAUUGAUUAUGAUAUUUAUAAUGCGACAAUAACAUUUCUUAGCGAUCGACAAAGUGUUCUGGAGAAUUUAAUGGAGGAAGUGAAAAAUAAAUUUGAAAAAGAGACAGGAUGUAAGGCAAAAUUGAGAAUUUCCACUUGGGAGGGAGUUGAACUCUCAUCCGAAGUGACGCCAAAUUUUUUACUACGAUCUGGCGAUCCAGUUAAAUUAAAAGGAGAUAUAAUUGAUUUAUACACACCAGGAAUAGUAGAAAGAUACAAAAGUAUUUGUGAAAAUAAUAAAAUAAAUGUUCAAGAGAUGACAAUUAAAUCACUUAAAGUAUGUUCAAAUUCCUCGACAUUUCGAUUAAAUAAAGAUACUUUAGAUGAAGAAAUUCCACCGUUAAUAAAAAGUUUACAGUAUGAAAAAAAUCUCCAAACUUUACAAUUAACAGGUGGAUCAUUAUUUAAUCAAGGAAAAUUAUUAAAUUUAUCAUUUAAAAGAAUGUCAUCUUUGUAUGAAUUACAUUUACAAAAUUGUGAUUUUGAUAAUGAAAUUUUAUCGCAAAUUGAUCAAUUUCCACAACAAUUGAGAAUAUUGAAUCUCAGCUAUAAUCCACUGGGUUUUAAGAGUCAAGAAAAAUUAUUUAAAUUACUUGAACCUUUGAGAAAUCUUCAAAAUCUCAAUUUACGCUUUUGUAAAUUACAAGAUAUUCAAUUUACUCUCACGAUAGAUGCACUCGAAACACUGGAUGUAUCAUGGAAUGCACUUGGUGGUGAUGGUAUAAGUCAUCUUUUACAACGUCAAAUGCUUGGUUUAACACUUUCCAAUACUCAAAGUCCAUGUAGUGGUAAUUUUGUCAGCAAAAUUAUAAAUAAUCCAAAAUAUUCUCUUUUUGCAUUAGAGAAUUUAGAAUUAUCUUCUUGUAAAAUAAAUGAUGCCGACGUAAGAAGAAUUUUAAAUGAAACGCCAAAUCUUUCGAAAUUUGUCUUAAGUGGCAAUAAGGAUAUUACAAAAAUGUCAGUGAAUGCUCUCUUAAAACGACAACCGAGUUUAUUUUAUAUUGACGUUGGGGGUUGUACAAAAAUUGUUGAUGUACCAUCAAUUGACGUGACAAUAAUGACUCCAGAAGUUUGCACGUUAAUAAUCAGUAUGACUGAAAAUGUGAUAGAUGCGUGGGAAACUUUAUGGAGGGGUAGAGGUUUUUCUAGUAAAUUACCUCACAACAUUGUUAUAUUUAAGCCUGUGUAAUUUAUAUAUUUUUUUAUUAAUUAGUUUCUGUACAGAUAUUAAUUUAUAUCACACACUUGAUUAUUUCGAUCUAAGUUUAAAUGUAUAUAAUUUAUUUCCAAU